AUGAUAAAUAAUGUAGAAUUUUUAUCUAAGGAAAUAUCCGGCAAUUUUAUGGAGAUCGACUUAUUAGAUAAUCUUAAAAAAAUUAAUGAUUAUUCAGUUAAGAUAGGAGAAUCAAUCGAAGAAGGGUUAUUUUUUGCGUCUAACAUCCUUUCGUAUUUUUUUGAAAAUCACAAAGAAUUCGCCAAAGGAUGGAAGAAUGAUCUUGACUCUCAAGGGAAAGUCAAUAAUCAAACUGAUCCGCAUUUAAAUUUUAUUGACGAAUCCAUCGAAAAUUGCAAGAAAUUUGCUGAUCGAUUUGGUGAAUUUCACGAAUUUCUUAACAGUGGAAUUAUGAAAC